AUGUCCACAAUAGAGUGGGACUUUUCAAAUACUUUACCUUUACCUUAUCGAGUGCUUAUUGUCUCUGUUAUUGGAGUAUGGGCCUGGGGUUUAAAUCUACAAAUACUUUCAUCACAAUUUAUAGACGUAAACUUUUUACUUUCUUCACCUCAAGAAAAGAAAUAUAUUCCUGCGCAUAGACCUGUUUAUACUUUAGCUUUAAUUUUGACAGAUAUUAUGACAAGUUUUGCUAAAGUAUGGGGAGAUUUAUAUGUUACAGGAUGCAUUUUAUUAUUCUUUGAUAUUAACCAAGAAGGAAUUUCAAGGAAUCGAUGUUAUGGUGAUGUAAUUGCUCCAUUAUUUACAAGGUUUAAACAGUGUAUAAUAUGUUAUUUCACAUCUAAAAAUACAAGUCGAAAUCAUUUAUUUAAUGCGCUUAAAUAUGCAUCAGCAUUUCCAGUAAUAUUAUUUUCAGUUAUGCAAAAAUGGUAUAAAGAAGAAGAAGAGACAACAUUUUUUAUAAAUUCAUCAACGUUAAUAUUUAAAUUAUGGAUUAUAUCAGUUGCAAUUAAUUCAUUUUAUUCAUUUUAUUGGGACGUUGCAAAAGAUUGGAAACUUGAAUUUUUUAAUUCAAUUACAACGAAAUAUUAUUUCAUUCCAAAAGGUGGAGUAUUUUUAAUGGAAUGUUUAGAAGUUGUUCGUCGUUGGUUAUGGUUAUUUUUUAGAAUGGAAAGUGAAUUUAUUGAAAAUUUUGAUAAAAAAAAUUAUGGUUUAAUUAAUAAUGCAAAAACUA